UAUAUGAACUCCAAAGGGAAGGACAUGGAAGAGAAGGAAGCCAGAGAAGUUCGAUACCGGGGUGUGCGGAGGCGGCCAUGGGGCAAAUAUGCAGCGGAGAUUCGUGACACAAAUAGGCACAGCGCGCGUGUUUGGCUUGGGACUUUUAACACAGCUGAAGAGGCAGCUAGAGCAUAUGACAGAGCAGCUUAUGCCAUGAGGGGUGGCUUAGCCAUUUUGAACUUUCCUAAUGAGUACCCUUCGGCAAGUGGCGGUUCUUCAUCGGCAUCGGCUAAUUUUUUAUCUUCUUCGUCUGCAAUGCCUGGGACUAUGCAGGGGCGAGCUGGUGGUGAGCAAAAUGAAGUUCUUGUGUUGGAGUAUUUGGAUGAUAAGUUGCUAGAGGAACUGCUUGAUUGUGAUAACCAAAAGAAUAACCAAGAAUAAGGAGAUUGAUUAUUAUCUCUAUCUUAAUAAGCAGUUACCCACAUCAACGUCAAUAUGAUGCUUCUUAUCUUUUUGGUUGAUAUAAGUAGAUUCUGAUCAUCAACUUUUGCA